AUGAUCAACGACGUCAAGCGCCGCGCGCCCUUGUACUGGAGCGACUGGGCCGACGCGAACGACUACCGUGUCGUCCCUGCGACCGUGUACAUGUACUUCGCCAACAUCCUGCCUGCGCUGGCCUUCUCGCUCGACAUGUUCGCCAAGACGGGCAUGAGCUACGGCGUGAACGAGGUGCUGCUCGCGAGCGUGCUGGGCAGCGGCGUCUUCAGCCUGCUCGCCGCGCAGCCGCUGGUCAUUGUCGGCGUGACGGGCCCCAUCACCGUGUUCAACUACACCGUGUACGACAUCGUCACGCCGCGGGGCACGAACUACUUCGCCUUCAUGUGCUGGAUCGGCCUCUGGGCGCUGCUAUUCCACUGGGUGCUCGCGGCGACAAACUCGUGCAAUGCGCUCAAGUACGUGACGCGCUUCUCGUGUGACAUCUUCGGCUUCUACGUCGCCUUCAUUUACCUCCAGAAAGGAAUCCAGGUGCUCACGCGCCAGUGGGAGGUCAGCGACGCAUCGGCGUAUCUGUCAGUCAUGAUCGCGCUGCUCGUCACCGCCGUCGCGUAUCUGUGCGGCGUCGUGGGGCAGUCGACGCUGUUCCCGCGCCACGUGCGCAAGUUCAUCGAGGACUACGGGACGCCGCUGACGGUCAUUUUCUUCACCGGGUUCGUGCACAUUGGCCGCAUGUCCAGCGUCGAACUGCUCAAGCUGCCGACGGGCAAGAGCUUCGCCCCCACCGCUGAUCGCGGCUGGUUCAUCCACUUCUGGGACAUCAGCGUCGGCGACGUGUUCCUCGCCAUCCCGUUCGCAGUCCUGCUCACCAUCCUGUUCUGGUUCGACCACAAUGUCUCCAGCCUCAUAGCCCAAGGCACCGAGUUCCCGCUGCGCAAACCGGCAGGCUUCCACUGGGACAUCUUCCUGCUCGGCCUUACAACCGGCGUCGCAGGGCUGCUGGGCAUCCCCUUCCCCAACGGCCUGAUCCCGCAGGCGCCCUUCCACACGACUAGCCUGUGCGUGACGCGCGUCGAGACUGACGAAAAGGGUGAACCGAAGCGCGUCACGCACCGCGUCGUCGAGCAGCGCGCCUCGAACCUCGCCCAGGGCCUGCUGACGCUCGGCACCAUGUCCGGCCCGCUGCUCAUCGUGCUGCACCUCAUCCCCCAAGCCGUCCUGGCCGGGCUAUUCUUCGUCAUGGGCAUCCAAGCCCUCGAAGCUAACGGCAUCACAGCCAAACUCACGUUCCUCCUCUCCGACGCGCAGCUCGUCGCGCGCUCUGAACCGCUCGCGCAGAUCCAGCGGAAAUGGGUGCCCUGGGCGUUUGUCGCGCUCGAACUAGUCGGCUUCGGCGCCACCUUCGCCAUCACGCAGACCGUGGCUGCGAUCGGGUUUCCCGUCUUCAUCUUCCUGUACAUUCCCAUGCGGACCUUCCUCAUGCCGCGCUUCCUGACGCACGCUGAACUCGCCAUCCUCGAUGCACCGACCGCCAGUCCGUUCACCAUGGAGAGCGUAGGCGGGAACCACGCACAGGCUGGUGCAAGCAGUCAGGAGACCAUGGAGGAGGCGGAGCGGGGCGAGGGCGCGGGCGCGCUGGGCGCGAGGCGUGCGAGCAUCGGGGCCACGAGUGCGGGGAGCGCGCGGCGAAGAGCGAGCUUCAGGAGCGUUGAGCCGCGGACGGAGAGUCUGGGUAAGCACUGA